CUAACAACCAUUUGUAAAAUUGACUUGAUUCAGCUUUAAUAAGAGAAAAUUGAUUGAACAUAAAGUUUUCUAAUAGAAACUAAGCUUUUAAAGAUGUGACUAUUUUAAAUUUAAUGAGUUCGAAUUACUUUAACCUUUAAGCACUUCGUAAAAUAGUGUUGAAAAGGUUUACAAGCUCCUAAAUCCGUUCUCUUUUUUAAUUAUUUCUGGGGUUUUUUUCAAUACUGACCACCCAUUGUUGGCGCAUUUUAUAAAUAAUAGCUUGCUCGGUCAUAACAUAAAUUUUUUUUCCUUUAAUAUUUCUGAUUCAUUAUCCAUUUAAAAAACAAAGAAUUUUCUACUAAUCAAUUAGUCAUAGCAUAAUCGAAAAUAUUUUCAUGCUAUACUGUAUGUAAGAUAGCCCGUAUCUUUUCUAAUGUUUAAAUCCCAUUCAAGUACAGAUGCUUGAAAGUAGCAUUUCUUUUAAGUUAUAUUAAUUAAAAGAAACUUUUUACCGAAGUAAAAGUCAAUAAAUCGAUUAUGUAUUGAACAGUACCAUGCAGAGACACUGUUGCAGUAGCUUUAGAAUUUUCCAUUUAUUGACUCGCGAAUGAUAAAAUGCCAAAUGCUCUGAAUGCUAGUAUUACUUUGGGAAAAUUGGAAAAAAAUGGAAAAUCUACGUUAAAUUCAACAAUUAAAAUACCUAAAACAAGCUCUUCAAGGGGAUUUGGUUCAACUCUGGAGAUAUUUUCUGUAUCGAACAAAACGACAAAUGAAACCUUGUCACUGACCAUUACUGGGUUUUGUCAGGCAAUUUUGGAUACUGGACUGCAAGUAGACUUGGAAGAGGAAACAGAUGCAAAAUGUGACACAGUUCAACACCACGGUAACGGUUACAUAACAGUAAACACCUUAAAGCAAUCAAUCCAGAGGAUAGAAUUGAGUGAUCUCUUGCACGGUCAAGGUUGGAAAUUAAUAAGCAAUUGCAUGAAUGAGAACGAGAAUGAAGUUCAUACUUAUGAAAAGUGGGCAAGAUCUCAGAAGAGAAAAUAAUUAACUUUCAUUUGAUUAGAUUUUAACAUGAAAUGCAUAUUUAAUAAAUUAUGGCUAUUGUCAUAAAAUUUCAAUGAUCUACACAAAACGUAUCAUGAUAAAAUAAAUUAAUUUCGUUCUAUUUACAGAAUCUCUGAUUUAGUUAUUUUUAUUUGAAUACACUUUUGUAAAACUUUUG